CAGUCCUCCAAGGGAGAGGCAGGGCCGGCCGCGGUCAGUUGCGAGGGAAGACGGGGGUCAUUGUGGCCAGAGGGGUCACGCUCUGCCUGUCCAGCUUCCCCAUGAGGAGUGAGCUCUGUGGAUUCAGGAAUGGCCCCUGUGCUCCUGACAGCAAGGGUCUGCCAGGAGCCAGUGACCUUCCAAGAUGUGGCGGUGGUCUUCACAAGGGAGCAGUGGGCUUACCUGGACCCUUCCCAGAAGGAGCUGUACCGAGACGUGAUGCUGGAGACCUACCGGAACCUGCUCUGCCUGGGACUCGCCAUGUCUAAGCCCCAGGUGAUCUGCCAGCUGGAGCGAAGGGAGGCUCCUUGGAUACCAGAGAGGAGAGUCCCAGGGAGCAGCUGUCCAGAUUUGGAGACUGAGCCUGAAAGCAAGGAGUCAACUGCAAAACUGGGCUUUUUGAUGGAACAGUUAGGAUGUAACAGACUUACAGGGGAUGUUCUCUGUCUCUCCAAUUUAAAGGAAGACUGGGAAAGUGAUGCCAGAUUAGGGAGGCAGCAGGGCAUUGAGUUGAAAAAUUCUCAGCAAGUAAAAAUCAUCCAAACAAAAUCUCCAAUUGAAGUGGGAGGUCAUGAAUGUACUAAAUACAGUCAGAGUGUCAGGCUGAAACCAAAACUUUUUCUACAAAAUAGACCAUCUCUAGGAAAGAACCUCUAUAAAUGUGCUACACACAGAAAGAACUUCCUUCCACCUUCAGACUCAAAUAAAUAUAAUAGCCUCUGCUCAGAGAAGAUAUUUUCUCAGUAUAAUGAAUGUGGGAAAUCCUUCACUUCUCAGUCAGACUUUAUUGAUUACCUUAGAUUAUAUCCUAGAGAGAAAAUGAUUGAGUAUGAGGAAUGUGGGAAAGACAUAAACAUCAACCUAUUUGUUAAUUGCCAUCAGACAAUAGAUGUUGAAGGAAAAGACCCUGAAUGCAGCAGCUUUUCGGGGGCUUCUCCAGAGAGUAUACAAUUUAUUCAACAUCAGAAACUCCAUACUGGAGAUAAACCUUAUGAGUAUGAUGAAUUUAGGAAGCCUUUCAAUCACAACUCAUCCCUUACUUCCCAUGAGAGGAUUUCCACUGAGAAGAAACCUUAUGAAUGCAAUGAUUGUGGGAAGGUUUUCUUCAAGAGUAGAAAGCUAACUUAUCAGAGAAUUUGUAUUGUAGAGGUACCCUACAAAUGUAAUGAAUGUGAUAAGACCUUCCCCCAGAGCUCAGAAAUCACCCAUCUUCAGAGAAUUAAUAGUGGAAAGAAACUUUACAAAUGUAACUAUUGUUGGAAGGUCUUUCACCAGAGAGGGCAGCUUACUGAACAUGAGAGAACCCAUAUUGGAGAGAAACCUUAUAAAUGUGAUCAGUGUAAGAAGACCUUUCAUCGGAGCACAUACCUUUACCGGCAUGAAAGGAUUCAUACUGGUGAGAAACCUUUUGAAUGUAAUCACUGUGGGAAGACCUUUUCUGCAAGACGAUCACUCACUCAACAUCAGAGGAUUCAUACUGGAGAGAAACCUUAUAAAUGUGAUCGAUGUGAAAAGUCCUUCCACCAGAGUGCACAUCUUUCCCAACAUCAGAGAAUUCAUACUGGAGAGAAACCUUACAAAUGUAGUUACUGUUGGAAGGUCUUUCGCCAGAGAGGGCAACUUACUGAACAUAAGAGAACCCAUACUGGAGAGAAACCUUAUAAAUGUGACCAAUGUGAGAAAACCUUCUACCGGAGCACACACCUUUCCCAGCAUCAAAGAAUUCAUACUGGUGAGAAACCUUUUGAAUGUAAUCACUGUGGGAAGACCUUUUCUGCAAGGCAAUCACUUACCCAGCAUCAGAGGAUUCAUACUGGAGAGAAACCUUAUAAAUGUGAUCAGUGUGAGAAGACCUUCCACCAGAGCACACAUCUUUCCCAACAUCAGAGAAUUCAUACUGGAGAGAAGCCUUACAAAUGUAAUCAUUGUUGGAAGGCCUAUCGCCAGAGAGGGCAACUUACCGAACAUGAGAGAACCCAUACUGGAGAGAAACCUUACAAAUGUGAUGAGUGUGAGAAAACCUUCCAUCGGAGCACACACCUUUCCCAGCAUCAAAGAAUUCAUACUGGUGAGAAACCCUUUGAGUGUAAUCGCUGUGGGAAGACCUUUUCCACAAGGCAAUCAUUUACUCAGCAUCAGAGGAUUCAUACUGGAGAGAAACCUUAUGAAUGUAAUGAAUGCGGAAAGGCCUUCCAUGUGAAAAAAGAGCUUACCCAACAUCAAAGAAUUCAUAAUAGAGAGAAACCUUAUGAAUGUUAUCACUGUAAGAAGGCCUUUUGCUUGAGUGCACAGCUUACCCAGCAUCAAAGAAUUCACACUGGAGAUAAACCUUUCUUAUUGCAAUCACUGUGGGAAGACCUUCCAGCUAAGCACACACUUCAUCCUACACCAGAGAACUCAUAUUGGAGAGAAGCCUUACAAAUGUAAUCAUUGUUGGAAGGCCUUUUGUCAUAGAAGGCAACUUAACUGAACAUGAGAGAACUCAUACUGGAGAAAAACCUUAUAAAUAUGCUAAGUGUGAGAAGACCUUCCACCAGAGCACACACUUGUCCCAGCAUCAAAGAAUCAUACUGGUGAGAAACCUUUUGAGUGUAAUCAAUGUAGGAAGGCCUUCUUUUGGAGAACACAUUUUACCUGACACAAGAGACUUCAUACUGGAGAGAAAAUUUAUAAAUGUGAUCAGUGUGGGAAGAUUUUUGGCCAGAAAGGCAAUCUUAGUCAAUGUGAAAGAAUUCAUAUUGGAGAGAAACCUUUUGAGUGUAAUCAAUAUGGGAAGUCCUUCCUCAUCGACAAAAUUCUUAUCCGACAUCAGAAAAUUCAUACUAGAGAGAAAUCUUAUAAAUGUCAUGAAGGUGGGAAGCCAUUAGUCAAAGUGACCAUCUUAUUAAGCAUAAGAGAGUUCAUAUUAGUGAUCUCAUCAAUAUAAUCAGUGUAGGAAGGCCAUUAAAGAGAACACACAACUUACCCAGCAACAGAACCUUUAUACUGGAGAUAAACCUUAUGAGAGAAAUUAAUGUUAAAAGAUAUUUUGUGUGUGAGAAAACCACUCAGCAUCAGACAGUUCACACUGGAAACUUUAUGAAUGUGAAAAGGCUUCUCAUGUGAAGAAAUGACUCAUCUGACAUGAUAAUCUUCAUAGCAGAGGAAAAUUUUAUAAAUAUAUUCUGUGUGGAGUGUCCUUCAGCCUGAGCAUAGAGAUGACCCUGCAGCAGAGAGUUCAUACUGGAGAGUAACCUUAUAUAUGUAAUCAUUGUGCCAAGGCUUUCAAUCUUAAUUUACAUCAGAGAAUUCAUAUUGGUAAAGAAACUUUAUGAAUAUAAUCAAUGUCAUGAGGCCUUCAGGCAUAGAGGCCUUCUUUCUAUACUAAUAAUAAGUUAAUAAAUAUGGGAGUAAAGCCUUAUUAAUUCUUGAGUUUGGGAAAGUCUGCUUUAGAGAUCUCCUUAGUCUACACCAGAGAAUUCAUACUGAUGAGGAGCCUCAUAAAAGUAAUGAAUGUUGGGAAGGCCUUCCAAGUAAGCAUAUUGCUUACCCAAUGUUAUGGAAUUCUUAUAAGAGAAAUUCUACUGAAUAUAUUUAAUGUGGGAAAGCCUUCAGUCUGGACACACAGCUUCCCAAUAUCAGUGGUGUCACUUUGGAGAGAAACCUUAUAAACAUUUAAUGUGAAAUUAGAGUGAAAAAUAAUUAAAUGAAUGUAACUCUGUGUAACUUCA